AUGGAGGUGGUCCAGCGCGGCGCACAGCGGGGCCCGGGGCGCUCACAGCCGCAGCUACAGCGCGAGCCAGGGUGCCCAGCACCACCGAGCCACGGGGCCUCCCGACCGCCCCUCAGGGGCGGGGCUGCGGGGCUUCCCGCCUUCCCCUCAAGGGCGGGGCUGCGGGUGGGCUGUGGACUGCCCGGCCCGGGCGGGGCUGUAGGGCCGCGGGCGGGGCUGCGGACGGCCCGGCCCGUGCGGGGCUGCAGGGCCGCGGGCGGGGCUGCGGACGGCCCGGCCCGUGCGGGGCUGCAGGGCCGCGGGCGGGGCUGCGGACGGCCCGGCCCGAGUGGGGCGGAGCCGCCGCUGUGCGGGCCCCGCGCUGUUGCGGGCGCGUCCCGCGGUCGGUGUGUCGGCGCCGGCGAUGGUGUCGCCGAUCCCGUAGCGGCGCCUCCCGCCAGCGCCAGCCCCACGGCGCGGCGCGAGAAGAUCCUGACGUUGGAGUCCAUGAACCCGCAGGUGAAGGCGGUGGAGUACGCGGUGCGCGGCCCCAUCGUGCUCAAGGCCGGCGAGAUCGAGAAGGAGCUGCGCAGGGUAGUGGCACUGUGUACAUACCCAAACCUGCUGGACAGCCCAAGCUUUCCAGAAGACGAAAAGCGAGCCAAACGGAUCUUGCAGGGUUGUGGAGGAAACAGCUUAGGUAAGCAUCAGUUUCAGUUGGAUCUUACAGUGCAGUCAGGUAUAAAUUGCAUCCGUGAAGAUGUUGCUUCAUAUAUUGAAAGAAGAGAUGGAGGGGUUCCCGCAGAUCCAGAUAAUAUAUAUCUUACCACUGGGGCGAGUGAUGGCAUUGCUGUCAACAAUUUAAAGAUCUUGGUCUCGGGAGGUGGAAAAUCCCGCCCAGGAGUGAUGAUCCCUAUACCACAAUAUCCCUUAUAUUCAGAGCAAGCCAUAUCUGAACUAGAUGCUAUCCAGGUGAAUUACUAUUUGGAUGGAAAUUGCUGGGCUCUCAACGUGAAUGAACUUCGCCGCUCGUUGACUGAAGCUAAGGCAUAUUGCAAUCCAAAGGUCCUCUGCAAUCAUCAACCCCGGAAAUCCACAGGACAGGUGCAGAGCAGAAAGUGCAUUGAGGAUGUGAUACACUUCGCUUGGGAAGAGAAACUUUUUCUUCUGGCUGAUGAGGUUUACCAGGACAAUGUGUACUCUGAAGGAUGCCAGUUUCAUGUCUUUCAAAAGAUUCUGUAUGAGAUGGGAACCGAGUACUAUAACAAUGUUGAGCUGGCCUCUUUUCACUCCACCUCAGGAUACAUGGGCGAAUGUGGCUACAGAGGAGGCUACAUGGAGGUCAUUAACUUGCACCCAGAAAUUAAAGGACAGCUGGUUAAGCUGCUUUCUGUUCGCCUUUGUCCUCCUGUCUCAGGACAAGCAGCAAUGGAUAUUGUAGUGAAUCCUCUACCUGGAGAAGAAUCCUAUUCACAGUUCAUAAAGGAGAAGGAGUCCGUUCUGAACAAUCUUGCCAAAAAAGCCAAACUAACAGAAGAUAUGUUUAACAAAGUACCAGGAAUUCACUGCAAUCCUCUUCAAGGCCAGUAUGCUUUCCCACGGAUCUUUAUUCCCUCCAAAGCCAUCGAGGAAAGCAAAGCUCAUAAAAUGGCACCCGAUAUGUUCUAUUGCAUGAAACUUCUGGAAGAGACCGGAAUAUGUGUGGUACCUGGAAGAUUUGGCCAGAGAGAAGGAAGCUACCAUUUCAGAAUGACCAUUCUGCCUCCAGUAGAGAAGCUGAAGAUCCUACUGGAGAAAGUGAAGGACUUCCACAUAAAGUUUCUUGAAAAAUAUGCAUGAAACUACUGUGGCUUUUUUCCCCUCAUCCCCUCCCCUUCAAGGUGAAUGCAGAAUGUGAACAAAGAUGUGCUGAGAACGUGCUGUUCAACUAAUUAUCUAAAUUCAAAAUAGACAGGAAACCAAUCUCAGAUACUGCUACAACUUAUGGGGACUAUUAAAUUUAAUGUCUGGUAUAGAAGACACUGUUGCACCAACUUUUUUUUUUUAAGGGAAAGGGGAGAAUGUAAAGAAAGUAGUGAGAAGGAACAGUCAGCAAAUUAUGUUGUGCCUUGAUUGGAAGUUACAUUUGUGAACUUUUGACUCAAUAGAUUGCAGAAGGGAGUUAAAAUUACUGCUGUUGUGUGGGUUACAACAGGAAUGCCAAGAGCGAUUGUUUAGCUAGGAAUGUGUUUCCCAUCUUAAAAUUCUACUAGACAAAAAAUUCAAUCUCCUACAUUCUAGGUAGUGUUUGAUUUAAUUUUUGUUGUUGUGUAUGAAGUGUUCUCCAAAUCUGAUUUAGCAUGUAGGUACAGCGUGCUUAUUUUAAAAAAAAAAACCUUUUGGCAGAUGAAUGUGGAUACCACUGAACUUCUGUUAAGAAGAUGUCCUGCCAUCACGGCACAAUCCGAGUGAAACACACAGUUCCAGUCAGGUGUCUGCUCGAACCCUGGUUUAUGAAACUGAAAGACAAUGAGGAAUACUAGCUUUCUUAUCCUUAUGCUAUUCAACACAUCCCCAUGUAAGACAAGGGCAUUGAACGCUUCCUCUUGUAACAGCUCUAUGGGGCUCGUGUUAACUCACAUCUUUUAUGCAUAUGGAACACAGCAGGUUGCUAUCUCAAAGCAGAUCAGUAGUGUCAGUCCUUUCGAGGAGGGUAAAACACAACACUAUUUCACAAUGGCUUUAUCUACAGACAGCAUUUGUUUGGAAUGUGACCAGAGACCCGUUAGCUGACUGAAAUCCAGGCUGUGCUGGUGAGGGCUAAACCAUGCUGUUAUCAGGAGAGACGAUGGGAGUGGUUUCUAAUGAGGGAAAAGGUGUUUAGAGGAAAAUGUCCUUGCACCAAGCAUAAAGAUAACAGUAGCGCAGCUCACUCCUCAAUCUUCCACAGCCAUAGCGCAGACUGAGCGGUCCUGAGUGCUUAUUAAAGCCCAAGUAAAGGAGGUCGCUAUCUUGGGGUACAGUUCUAUUACUCUACUAAUCUGUGCUAGUUUACCUGCACAGAGAAAGCUUCAGUUUCUCCAGGGCUAGAAACUGGAACCUUCUCCUAGCUCCAAGAAGGGACUGAAAGAGCAGAGCUUCCAAUAUUCAGCCAUGAAAGCAUUAGCGUUUGUCAGGCUUAGGCUCAGUGUUUUAUGAAGUUAUUCAUUUAGAGUAUCAUCUCAUUUAAUCUAGUAAUUAAUUUUAAGUUAAUGUUUAGAAGUAAACCCAUUUUAAUGUCUGUUAGCACUUUAUUAGGCUGCCUUUGUAGCUGGUUCAACAUCUUAUGCUGAUCCAGGUUACUAAAGCCAAGGGCUAGAGAAUCACCACAUGGAUAAAGCAUGUGCCAACCUAUUAUGUGUGGAAGACUAGAGAAGUCGCCAGUGGCUGUCCUUGAACAGCAGCUACGAGUCUGUGACGGCAUUAGCAGUUGGUGUGUCUUAGAGUUCCUUACUGACGUCUGGAAAGAAGAACUUUGUACUUCCCAGUCACCUGCCAGUGGUCACAGGUUCACAAAUGAACAAAUGAACAUGGCACGCUGCUACACCAAGUUAUUGAGGGCCUGGGGAAAACAAAUCUAUACUUUUACCUGUGGAGAAAGGGACUUCUGAGAGGAUGGCAGACUGACAGUACUCACACUGCUACCAUCCAUAGAUAAAUACAACCUUUUAGCUGCUAGCACUGUCCACUUGGCAUCCUUAAUGUGCACUAAUAAAACAAUUCUAGAAAGCAAAAUGUUAGGAAGAGGUCAAAAUAUUGAUGUUAAAAAUCAGACAAACAGCACUUUCCUGUUCUAGGGAUGUGUCCAAGCCAGAUCUGGCUUUGGACUUGUAACCCAGUGUAGAUCGAAGCUAAGACCUAAUAAUGGGAGUUAGAAUAUUUUUUUAUAUUUUUGUAACUACAGCUUUUUCAUGGGAUCGUAUUUGUAAUCUACUAAGUUGACAGAUUUUAUAUUUGCCUUGCAUUUGAACCUGAUACUUAUAGAAAAACCUUAAGGUUUACAAGUUUCUAAUGAUAAAGUACAGGUGUUAAGGCUUUUUCUUUUAAGUCGGGAUGGCAAUUCUUACACUUUUAAAUCAAAAUAUAAUGGCGUAAACUGAGAUUUUUGUAAACAUUCAAUUGUGGUGCCUUUUAUGUUUCUGACACGAUAAGGGUUAACAGUUUGUUUUUAAUCCAUCUCAUACGGAAGUGUGGUGAUUUCUAUUGUCCAUCCACAGUAUUUGUAUGUACUGUGAUAAGGUCAGUGUGCAUUUUUGUCCAGCAGUCCCGUAAAGCUACAAACAGAGGCUUAUUUUCAGUGUCUUUGAACUACUUCAUUAAUAACAGACAAUCUUUACUUCCAAACGCAUGCUUCUAGGUUUGAUUUUCCUACAGGUGCUCCUUAUAACGGUACUUCAGAUGUACGAGACUUCCAAAUAAUAAAGCACACGUUAACAAAGU